UAAAGGGGUGUGUAUGUCAAAAAAGACAGCAUCUGCCGUCCAAUCUCUCCCGUGCUACAGCGGACUGCAGAUCACGUCAUAUUCUGCGCUGUUGCUCCUUCCCGAUCUCAAAGCUCUUCUCUCCAUCUAUUCGCUACAUUCGACCUCUCUCCAUCGACUGAACCCUAAACCUCAACCCUAAUCUUCCAAUGGCUUCGACCUCCAUCCGAUCCAUAAACCGCAUCGCUCAAUCUUUCCGCAGUUCAUUUGCCGCCAAAUCGAAGACAGCCGCGCGAUGCUUCUCUGGCGGAUCCGCCGCCACCCCACCUCCUACUCGCCGGUUCUCGUCCUUCUCUAGGUUGCCGGUGGAGUUGGGAUGCUGCGGCGGAUCUCUUUUGCCGCUGCACAGCGCCGUGGCGGCGGCGAGGUUGACUUCUCGGCUGAGCUUGACGUCUCGGAGUUGCCGGGCGCUCUCACAGGAGAUUGGUCUGUCAUCUCCAAGGUGAUAGCUAAAGCUGAUAAGCAUGGAAACAUUUUUUACUUUUGGACAUGGAACAAUUUUGUAGUGCCUCUCCAUUGCUGAUCGUGUAAGCAAAAUCUACUUGUUCUAAUCUCUGAUGUCAUGUUUCUUAGAAGCAUCAAACAUUAUGAAAUUUUUUAUCUCAAGUGAUCAAACAGAAGAGAAGUUUGUCUCAUAGGCAU